GGAAACAGAUGCAUAAACAUUCAGGGCAUCUUUCUCCUCGGCAGCAACAGACUCCUCCUCUCCCCCACGUCCAAUUAGUUAUUAUGGUCCGGCCCUUUAAGACGCAGCAGCGGGUCAGCAAGUAGUGUAGUGUUUCUCUAAUUGAACUUCGCCCAAUCAACAAUAACUCGUUAGCAGUCGCUUUCUUUUUCUUGCUGCUUGAGACAGCUUUUUUCCCCUUGCAGGGAUUCACCCCCCUCCAGUCUGUUACUUCCUAAAGAUCUACAUGGAGCUUGGCAGAGGAACUACGACUCUCUGAGGGGAAUACGGGUCCGGCUGCCUUUACAACUACGCCCGAAGCAUGGUUAUUUUGGAGGAAAGCUCUCAGGCGAGCUAAGUUUCGGCUUUGAGUGUCAAAAUAUAGAGGGAGAACGCCGAGCAACAGAAGAAACACUCGUGGACGCUUAAAAACUGCCAUUUGAAUGAAAUAACCAACUUUGGUGGAAGCGGCGAUUCUUCGGGACUGCGAUGACCUCCAGUAAAGACAUGAAGGCAGGUUCAGUGUUGCAGUCCAGCGGCGAGGAGAGGAGACGCGCUCCCUUGGACCAGCUGCCGCCACCGGCCAACUCCAACAAGCCUUUAACGCCGUUCAGCAUUGAGGAUAUCCUGAACAAACCGUCAGUAAAGAAGUCGGUGGCCAGUAUCUGUCCGCCGAGAGUGCUGGAGAAAGUGACGGGCUCUAACUCGGCGAGGAACGGGAUCACCACUCCCUCGUCGCCGCUGUGCGCGCUGGAGGAGCUCGCAAGCAAAACGUUUAAGGGUCUGGAAGUCAGCGUUAUCCAGGCGGCAGAAGGUAAAAAGAUUCUCUCUCUCUCUCUCUCUAUAUCUAUACAUAUAUAUCGAGCAACAACAGAAUCACUCGCGGGCUGGA